AUGAAUGUUUAUAACUUAACUGCACAUAAUUCCACUGACAAGCAAUGUUAUUGCGUUAUUUGGCGCUUGGAACCCUCUGGUUCUCAGCCCACGAAAUGCAGAACUUGCAUUAGAUUGGAUUUAACUCCAACUGAAGAAAAUAUAAAUAAAAAACAGCUACAUUUAGAAGAAGUUAACUUAAGAAGAACUUUAUAUGUACAAGAUGCUGAAAACGAGGAUUCAGAAACAAAGAUUUACUCAGCGGACUUGCAAAAGGUAUUUCUUUUGCCCAGGAUGCCAAAAGUUAAAGACUCAUUUUUUACUUCACGUCUUGUCGCAUUCAACGAAACCUUUGCUGUUAAAGGAAAAUCAAAGAAAUCACCACAUUAUUGCAUUUUGCGGCAUGAAGGCAAAGCUGGGCGAAGAGCCGAUGACGUGGCAUGUUCAUUUAUUAAGUUUAUUCAGUUGCAAAGAGAUGCAGAAAGCCUCAUUAUUUGGAUGGAUAAUUUUACCGGCCAAAAUAAAAAUUGGGUCUUGUAUUCUGCUCUAAUUGUUUAUAUUAAUUCUGAGUAUUGCACAACUAAAAAUAUAACUCUCAAAUACCUUUUAACUGGUCAUACAUACAUGGCUGCGGAUGGCCUUCAUGGAAAAAUAGAGCAAUAUGUAAAAAAAGUUGGCAAUGUUGAAGAUUUUAACGAUUUUGCUGAGGCCUGUAAUAAAGCAGUGUCCCGAAAUAAAGUUAUAUGUCUUGAAAUUUCAGACUUUAUGAAAUUUGAGAAUGUGUGUAAAAGUGCUACUGGUUCAGCAAAGAAAAAAUCUGUGGGAGACGAUGUGUCAUUUUUAAAAGAUAUAGUGGAAGUACGAUUUAUAAAAGGCCAACAAGAAUUUUUUUAUAAAACUGAUUUUCGUGACGAACAAUAUAAAGAAACAAAAAAUUUAAUUAAACGAAAAACAGAACUAAAUAUACCCAAACCGCUUACCACGGUUCGUGGAGUAUCUCCUAAAAAGAAGGAUGAUAUUAUGAAAGCCUUAGUACCUGCGAUGAAACCAUCAAAAAGGUUAUUUUGGGAAAAUUUGCCCACAAAUUUAAUGUUCCAGAUUUAUUGGAAGAAGGUUAGCUACGCUUAUAUAUGGACAAAAGACUUUGUCUAA